AUGCGUUAUUUUCACUUUCGAUUUGUCAGUGUUGUGCAAUAUACAUACACAUGUAAAUCACAAUUCCCCAGGAUGGCAUCGAGUGUUCGGCAUGAAUUUUUAGAUAUUGAUGGCAGUGUACUAGAGGGGGGUGGACAAAUUUUAAGGAAUGCUGCAACAUUGAGCUGUUUACUCAAUCAGCCCAUUCGUGUUCAGAAAAUAAGGGCAGGAAGAGAUAAACCUGGACUCAGAGCUCAACACCUCACUGGACUACAACUAGUCUCAGAAAUAUGUGGAGGAAAGCUGGAAAAUGGUGCUGUGGGGUCAACAGAAGUGACCUUUAUACCUGGGAAGGUCAAGGCUGGGGCAUAUAAAGCUGACACCAAAACUGCUGGGAGUAUAUGUUUAUUGAUGCAGGCAGCUGUGCCCUGCUGUUUCUUCAGUGAUGGAGAAGUACAUAUGUCCUUGAUUGGUGGAACCAAUGCUGAAAUGGCUCCACAAAUUGACUAUAUUCUAAUGGUAUUUCGUCCUAUUGCUGCACGUUUUGGACUCCAUUUUGAAGGUGAAAUUAAGAGAAGGGGUUUCUUCCCAAAAGGAGGAGGAGAGGUUCAUGUUAAGGUGUCCCCCAGUCCUGGUCUACGAGGAAUCACAAUGACAGAACAGGGCUCGGUCACCAGAAUAUUUGGCCUAUCAUUUGUGGCAGGGGUGCUGCCUAAAAAGGUAGCUCACAUUAUGGCCGAGUGUGCUACAGGUGUCAUCAAAGAACACUAUCGAGGGGUCCCCAUCCAGAUAGAAGUGCAUAAAGAAACUGAGGGAAUCGGGGUCGGGUGUGGGAUUAUAGUUGUGGCAGAAACAAGCACUGGCUGUUUGCUGGCAGGAUCAGCUCUGGGGAAGAAAGGUAAGCCUGCUGAGAGGGUCGGACAGGAGGCGGGGGACAUGCUGAUUAACAACUUGUUUAAUGGCGGCUGUGUGGAUGAGUUUCUACAAGAUCAGCUGAUAGUCCUGAUGGCAGUAGCUGAAGGGAAGUCAGAAAUCCUGUGUGGCCCUUUAUCCCUGCACACUGAAACCGCCAUACAUGUGGCGUCAUUGAUGACAAAGGCAAAAUUUGAAGUGCAAAAAUUGACAAAGAAUUCUACUAUCAUUAAAUGUGAAGGAAUUGGUUUAAAAUCUACAGACAAUAGUUGAGACUUUAAAACUAGAAAUUUCAAAGAAUUUGAUCUAAUACCAAGCUAUACUUUCAAAACAAGCAACCCAAAGAAAGGACUUCUGUUCUUUUGAUGAUAUAUGUGUGGAUUUACCAACAGAAAAAAAAAGUUUAGAGAUCUGCAUUUUUUGCUCAACUUCUUGCAAUUAAUGAUGUAGAAAGGAAAAUAAUUGAUCUGAACUUUUACAAAUUCAAAUUCAAGGUGAAAACAGAUUUGUUUUCUAAAGGUGGUUCUUAGAAACAGUGCUUCAUCUGGAUUGUUUUUAUAUUUGGAGAGAAUUAUAAUCUUAAUCACAUGAGGACUUGAAUCAUUAAAUGUGUCAGAUCUG